CUGGGGCCCAGAGAGGAUGGCGGAGGGUUGCAAGCUCCAGCUGUUCGUCAAGGCCAGCACGGAUGGAGAAACCAUAGGGCACUGCCCUUUCUGCCAGCGCCUUUUCAUGGUCCUGCUGCUCAAGGGGGCGCCCUUCACGCUGACCACAGUGGACACGAAGAGGUCCCUGGAUGUCCUGAAAGAUUUCGCCCCAGGAGCCCAGCUGCCCGUCCUGCUCUACGACGGUGAGCCCAAAACAGACACCAUCAGGAUCGAAGAGUUUCUGGAGGAGACCCUGAACCCCCCUGAGUUCCCCAGCCUGGCGCCCAAGUACAAGGAGUCCACCUUAGCUGGGAAUGACAUCUUCCACAGGUUCUCCGCCUACAUCAAGAACCCGAUACCAGCUCAGGACGAAACUCUGCUCCACGCCCUCCUCAAAGCCUUCCGUAAGUUGGACCAAUUCUUGAACAUCCCUCUGGACUACGAGCGGGUCCGAGACCCAGAGCUGGUCAUCUCCCGCCGGCGGUUCCUGGAUGGGGACCAGAUGACCCUGGCCGACUGCAACCUGCUCCCCAAACUCAACAUCGUUAAUGUUGCGUGCAAGCACUACCGCCAAGCGGGCAUCCCCAGAGAGCUGAGGGGCAUCUGGCGCUACCUAGAGUCCGCUGCUGAGACCAAGGAAUUCCAGUACACCUGCCCGGACCCCCAGGAGAUCAUCCAGGCCUACCACGGCGUGGUCAGGCAGACCUAA